AUGAAUAGCAAUUCUGUAGGAGUUCUUUUGAGUCCAGCGACAUGUAACGGUAAUGUCAUUGACUUUGUUUCAGGAAGCGAGCUGCAAGGAGGCCUCAGCAUCUCCCCCGACGACGACGUGUUUGUCCACCUGGCAAAGACCUACUCCUACAGCCACAGCGAGAUGCACAACGGAAACAGCUGUUAUGAAUCGCAGGACUUCUCCCACGGCGUCACUAACGGAUAUCACUGGUAUCCUCUACCAGGGGGAAUGCAAGACUAUAACUACGUGUGGGCACAAUGUUUGGAGCUCACACUGGAAAUCUCUUGCUGCAAGUAUCCUCCAGAGGCGCAGCUUCCCGGCCUAUGGGCAGCCAACAAACCCGCACUACUGGCUUACAUGCAGCAAGUACACCUAGGUAGGCAGACAGAACACCGCUUUGCUCACAAGCAUACCCGUGACAUUUUCUAA